CCUGCACAAAACCAAACUAGGCUUUGAAUGUGGCAAAGUUAGCCAUUUGGAUAAGAAACUGCCCUUGCUUCAAUUGCUGACUGUAUGCUGUACAAACUGAACAAAAACAGAACACAAAAGAAAGCAACUGACAAAUUUUACCAAGACAAGCAUCGUCAGCAUCACGCUUCUGCAGCUUGGCAUCAAGAGCGUUUGGGGACCUGCCUUCCAAUGGACAUCGUUAUUCACAAAAGAAAGGAAGCUGGACACAUGGACCAGAAAGAUGACCUGCUGGUUGCUGUGCCUAAGGAAGCCACAGUUCUUGGGACCAUCCAGAUACUGUGUGCCCUGACGAUUGCAAGCUUUGGGGGCAUUUUUGUGUCAGCUUCCUACUCUUCCUACAUCAACCCAGCAGCCUUCACCACUUCGUUGUUCGGGUACCCAUUUGUUGGAUCCCUGUGUUUUGCUUUUGUUGGAUCUCUCGCGAUAAUCUCCGGAAAAAUCCCAAUCAAACCCUUUGCACUGAGCAGCCUGGCUUCCAAUGCAGCAAGCUCUGUUGUUGCUGCCAUUGGCCUCUUCCUCCUCACCCAUAACCUCAUAGCCCUGGGGACUGCCUCUCCACGCUGCAGUUCAGAGAAGAGAUUUCUGGGCUUAUUUCUUUAUUCGGAAUCCCACUAUUGGAUGAAUGAAGACAAGAACUGUCUCCUUGCUUAUGUCAGUGCCAUGGAGUCUUGGAGAAUGUGUGAAAGUUUUUGGACUCACAUCCCUCUGAGCCUGGCCAUGGCCCAAAGGCUUUGUGUGGGGUCCCACCCAGGCCUGUGCUGCUUUUCAGAGCGGGCUGGUGUUGAUGCUCAUCUUCACUGUGAUGGAAUUUUUGCUAGCUGCGUACAGUUUUGUCUUUUGGUGGAAGCAAGUCUACUCCAACAAGCCUGGGAGUACAUAUUUCAUGCCUGAGUCACAAGAUCAACUUGUCAAAAGCAGUUCAUUGGGGCCAUGAGUAGGAAACACAGCAGAAGAAGGAAGAAAACCAGUGCUCAUGGCAGAGCACGGCUCAUCGUUCCUGAAAUCUCAGCCUUGGGAGAUCCAAAUAAACUUCUGAAGAAAAGCU